AAAGGUGUCUGUACCCGACUGAGCAACACCAGAGAAGUCUCUUCUUUGCUUGUGCUGUACUUUGGACUCUGUUUUAAUUUCAAGUUAAUGCAAAAUCCAGUCAGUAAUGCAAUCACACGAGACAGCUCAAGAUGGUACGUUUUGGGCCCUCAGCCCACUCCACUAGCGACACCCUUCCAAGAUGGCAGCCAACAGCAGCACGGUUAGCAAACCCAGCAACAAUACCGGGGGUAAACAAUCAGGGCCAUCGGCCGAGCAGGUAGGCCUAUAUAACGAGGCUUUUUGCAACUUUGUUCAGUCUAAUGUUGUGGCUGCAUUCCAGAGGAUGCGCUCAGAGCAGCGCAGCAUGGCCUCCAAGGCUGCAGAGCUGGAGAUGGAGAUCAACGAGCACAGCCUAGUCAUCGAGACCCUAAAAGAUGUGGACCCAACCAGGAAGUGCUUCCGACUGGUGGGCGGGGUGCUAGUAGAGAGGACGGUUAAGGAAGUCUUACCAGCUCUGGGAAGCAAUAAAGAACAGAUAUCAAAGAUUGUAGAGUCCCUCAACACACAGAUGCAGAUAAAAGGUCGGGAGCUCACGGAGUACCGGGAAAAAUACAACAUCCGAUUGGUGGGAGAAGGAGAGGAAGGACAGGGCAAAUCGGCAGCAUCCUCCAAUGCGGGCGAAGGGGGCCGUUCUAAAGGCGGCGCCGGCGUUCUAGUUUCGUAGCUUUGUGUGUAGAGACUUUAGUACGAUAGGAAAUCGUGCAGAAUGCCAUCGAGCAUCGAGUCAGCACAGAUCCUGGAAGGCAUUUCAAGGGCAGAGUUUGACGUGUGUCUUGCAUGAAGGAAAUUAUAUAAUAAACCAAUGUCACAAUG